UUCAUUCUUCUUAGUUAGUUUUCUACUGACUGUGUUCGUCUGAGUCUUUCUCUAGUUAACGCACAUCUUAGGGUUUGCUAAAAAAAUAUUGUUUUUUCACAUAAUGGAGCAAUGCAGGACUACUGUGGCGAAGAAUUUAAUUUUCCUGUGUUUGGUGAUAACUGGUAUUUUUUUAUCGUGUAAAACUUUUUCAAACGAAUUGUCUUCCAUUUCUCUUGUCCAACGGAUGCAAAUAAAAAAACUGAAGAACGGAAAAAUGUCCGAGAUGCCGAGAUUUAAUCGACAACCAACUUAUCCUUGGAAAGGAGACCUGCAAUGUGAACGUUUUUCUGUUCAGUUGGCGGAGAAGGACAGCCUAAUAAAAUGGCCCUUAACGUCCUUUCCUGGCAGUGGAGUAACAUGGACUCGACAGAUGAUUGAGGGCAUUACUGGAUUUUACACCGGUUCUGUCUAUUAUUCAGACCCCUCUCCAACACUUAAUCGAGAUGGGAAUGUGACGGAUAACACAGAUGACCCACUCUGUGGUUGUACCAUUCUCGAUAAGGAUCACGAAGCAACUGUGCAAGUCGGAAAACAAGGACUGGAUGCCUACUUCGAGUUACUCCAUCGCUUGGGUCAUGCUGGAAUUGUGCACCAGCAGUAUGACAGAAGAGGUGUGCUAUUGCUGAGAAACCCAAUGGACGUUAUAUUUUCUUUUCGUAAUUGGCAACUUGCUGGUAAGACCGGUAAUGCUUCGCCUGAUGCUUUUAAGGGACCAGAAUGGGAAGAAAUCAUAGACUACGUGGCUUAUGCCUGGGCUGAUCAUGCUAUUCGCUGGAUAGAGCAAAUCGAUCAAGGAACUGUAUUGUUUUACGAACGACUGUUAGGCAAAACGGCAGAAAACGAGCUUCGGCGACUUCUGAACAUUAUUGGUUUCAAACCUAUCGAUUCUGAUAGAAUGAAAUGUGCUUUGUCUCAUCGAAAUCGAACUGACCAUAAACGGCAUAUAAAAAACAAGAUGUUGUUGGAACCCAAACAUCGGAUUAAAUUAAUGAAAUCCAUCCACCAAGUGCAGCAAAGCUUGCGACGUAAAGGAUGGCCAACCCUUCCGAUAUACUUGUACGACGUCCACAGCCCCGAUGGAAAAAUUUAG